CUUUCUUCCAUAGGAAAUCACUUAAAGAUGGUCGAAUUCCUUCUUGAUAUGUUUGCCCCUUCGUUGUGGGAGAUCGUGAUCACUGUAGCCUCAGCGAUUUUUCUGAUUGCUGCGUAUAAGCUUUUGUCUUCCGGAUGUGGAGGAAAUUGUGGUGAUCGUUCAGUCGGCGGCAAUGAUUCAGUUGAGGGACUCGGUGAUGACGCAGACAAGAUGGGCCAGUUGAAAGGAGAUUCUCAAACCAAUUCUGCAUAUGUAAUCAAGUUGGAGCUAUUGGCAGCCAAGAAUCUUGUUGGUGCAAACUUGAAUGGAACAUCAGAUCCUUAUGCUAUCAUUAAAUGUGGUGAACAAAAGCGAUUUAGUUCCAUGGUUCCUGGGUCAAGAAAUCCAAUGUGGGGAGAAGAGUUUAACUUUUAUGUUGACGAGCUUCCUGUACAGAUUAAUGUCACAAUAUAUGAUUGGGAUAUAAUUUGGAAAAGCACUGUUCUUGGAUCUGUGACACUUCCCAUUGAAGGUGAAGCACAUACCAGAGCAGUCUGGUAUAUCUUGGAUAGCCCUUCAGGGCAGGUUUGCCUUAAUGUUAGAACAAGUAAAAUUCCUGGAAAGUCUUCUAGGGUUUUUAAUGGUUAUGCUGGAGAUAAUGCUCAGAGAAGAAUCACAUUAGAUAAGCAAGGCCCCACAGUGGUUCAUCAGAAACCUGGCCCUCUGCAAACUAUAUUUGAUCUCCCUCCUGAUGAGGUCGUUGAACGUAGUUUUUCAUGUGCACUAGAGAGGUCAUUCUUGUACCAUGGCCGAAUGUAUGUCUCUACUUGGCACAUUUGCUUCCAUUCUAAUGUAUUUUCUAAGCAAAUGAAGGUAAUUAUUCCCUUUGAAGAUAUAGAUGAGAUAAAGAGGAGUCAACAUGCAUUCAUUAAUCCUGCUGUUACAAUUGUUCUUCGUAUGGGUGCUGGUGGGCAUGGCGUUCCUCCUUUGGGAAGUUUAGAUGGUUAG